AAGGUCGCGUUCGGUUAGGGAGAACUCGGCGAACGCGCGCCGUGCGCGCGCUGAGUGACGCCGGGGAACCGGGGAAAUUGUGAUCGGGCUGGAGUUGACGAUAUUUGGGGUCAAUGUCUUGAGUGUACAGCACAGCAGACAACUCAUCAUGAAUGUGGCUAAGCUAAAGAUUGCUGAGCUGAAGAAGGAGUUGAAGGAGCGGGGUCUGCCCACAUCCGGAAACAAGAGCGAGCUUGCCAGCAGGCUCAAGGAUGCCUUGUUGGCAGAGGGUGCAGAUUCAUCUCAUCAGGAGGAAGACCUUGAUGCCAAGGAGUCUGAACUCCUGGGAGAGGAAGAGGAUGAAGACAGCAACUCGCCGGCCGAGCUGGACACCAAGCUGCUGGAGACCGCGACGCCGGCGGCCAAGCCGAGGAAGAUCGUGAUCAACCGCGAGGCGGCGGCCUCGGCGCAGCAGGCGGCUGCUACGGCCAUCGCGCAGGCCACCAAGGCGGCGCCGCCGGCCGCCGCCACGGCCGCGGCGGCAGCGGCGGACGCGCCUGCCAGCAAGCGGAUCAAGCUGACCACCAGUGGUCUCUCCGAAAUGGAGCGACUGGCCAAGCGGUCCGAGAAGCUGGGCGGCGCGAAGCCGACCGUCUCCGCGCUCAAGGUGCUCACGCCCGAGGAGAGGAAGGCUGCGCGGCUGGCCAAGUUCGGCGCGCCGCAGCAGGCUGAUGCCGGUGGCCAGAAGAACGGCUCCGGCGCCUCCGAGCUGGAUAAGCUGAAGAAGCGCGCUGGCAGGUUCGGCGAGGCCGUCUCCGAGAAGGUCAUCUCGCUGGAGGAGUCGGAGCGGCUGAAGCGACGCAAGGAGCGCUUCGGCAUCGUGGUGCCCGAGGACGUCAAGGCCAAGCGGGCGGCGCGCUUCGCCUCCUCGGCGCCGCUCGAUCCGGCCUCGGAGGACAAGAAGCGGCUCCGCGCCGCUCGCUUCGGCAUGGCGUAGUGCGCGCGCCGACCGGCGGAGGUGGAGACGGCGCUCCGGCGCGGCGUCCGCCCACCGCGCUCAUCACCCAUCGUCCACGGCGUCCAUGUACCCUCCGGCCGGCGGCCGGCCGUGGCGGCAGGCGGGGCCUCGGGCCGCGCCGGCCCAGCGGCCGGGCCCACGUGUCGCACUCUGCGGCAGUUCCUUGCGCUUGGAAGGGACGUGCGCCGCGGGGUGCAGGUUUGCGGUGCGGCGAUCCAGCGCAACCAGGUUUGUACCGCGACCGGUUCAGUACGACGUCAUAUAAGCUGCACUUUUGUUCCGGCUCAGAUGUCGCAGUAGCGUCCUGAUUUUCGAAAAGGGAGGCGUUUUGCGACGUGCCAUCGCGUCAUGCCCUGUGUAUUUAAUAAAAUGACUGGAAUCUU